CGCGCUGUCGCUUUCUUUAGCCCCGGGGUUCAUCCCCGCCCGCGCCCUCUCGGCUGGUGACCCCCAGCCCACCUGGGAGCGGCCGGGUCUUCGGAGCUGCGGCGGUGUCCAGGGUUGCCCCGGCGGCCCCGGACGGGAGGCACUGGUCUCUCGAGUGGUCUCGGCGUCUGGAGGGAUCUUCGCGCGCUCUUCGCCUACGGCUCAGGUCUUCUCAGCCGCGGGAAACUUGGCUGGACGGAAAACAAGACUCCAGGGUAGAGAAAGGAUUGUAGAACCAAUAGGACUUGAGAUAAUACUGUGAUACUUCUUAGAAGAGCAACUAUUUGAUGUUUAAACCUGAAGACAUAAGUUAGACCUGAUGGCCAAAAGAAAAGAAGAGAAUUUCUUCUCUCCUGAAAAUGCCAAAAGACCAAGACAAGAAGAAUUGGAGGAUUUUGAUAAAGAUGGUGAUGACGAUGAAUGUGCAGUUGCUUUCACUAAUGGUACCUCUACUUUGACUGCAGCAGAAGUUGGAAUAAUAGAGAGUAUUCAGCUAAAAAACUUCAUGUGUCAUUCGAUGCUUGGACCCUUUAAAUUUGGUUCUAAUGUCAACUUCGUUGUUGGCAACAAUGGAAGUGGGAAGAGUGCAGUACUGACAGCUCUCAUAGUUGGUCUUGGUGGCAAAGCAAUCACUACUAAUAGAGGAUCUUCUUUAAAAGGUUUUGUGAAAGAUGGACAGAACUCAGCAGAUAUCUUGAUAACAUUAAGGAACAGAGGAGAUGAUGCCUAUAGAGCAAAUGUAUAUGGUGACUCUAUAAUUGUGCAGCAACACAUCAGCAUGGAUGGAAGUCGAUCUUACAAACUAAAAAGUUCAACAGGAACCGUGAUUUCUACUAGGAAAGAAGAACUGAUUGCAAUUCUUGAUCAUUUUAACAUCCAGGUGGAUAAUCCAGUUUCUGUUUUAACACAAGAGAUGAGCAAACAAUUCCUACAGUCUAAAAAUGAGGGAGACAAAUACAAAUUCUUCAUGAAAGCAACCCAACUUGAACAAAUGAAGGAAGAUUAUUCAUACAUUAUGGAAACAAAAGAAAGAACAAAGGAGCAGAUAAAUCAAGGAGAAGAGCGACUUACUGAACUAAAGCGCCAGUGUUUGGAGAAAGAGGAACGUUUUCAAAGUAUUGCUGGUUUAAGUACUAUGAAGACUAAUUUAGAGUACUUGAAACAUGAAAUGGCUUGGGCAGUGGUCAAUGAAAUUGAAAAACAAUUGAAUGCAAUCAGAGAUAAUAUCACAAUUGGAGAAGACCGUGCUGCUAGGCUUGACAGGAAAAUGGAUGAACAGCAGGUUAGACUUAAUGAAGCAGAAAAAAGGUACAAGGAUAUUCAAGAUAAACUAGAAAAGAUUAGUCAAGAGACAAACGCACGAGCUCCAGAGUGUAUGGCAUUGAAAGCAGAGGUCACUGCUAAGAAAAGGGCCUAUAAUGAAGCUGAGGUUUUAUAUAAUCGUUCUCUAAAUGAAUAUAAGGCAUUAAAAAAAGAUGAUGAGGAGCUUUGUAAAAGAAUUGAAGAACUUAAAAAAAGUACUGAUCAAUCUUUGGAACCUGAGCGGUUGGAAAGGCAAAAAAAAAUAUCUUGGUUAAAAGAGAGAAUAAAGGCCUUACAGGAUCAAGAAACUUCAGUCAGUCAAGACAUUGAACAGUUUCAACAAGCCAUAGAAAAAGACAAAGAAGAAUAUGCCAGAAUUAAGAGGGAAGAAUUAGAUGUGAAGCAUAUACUGAACUAUAAUCAGAGGCGACUGAAAGAAUUGAAAGACAGUAAAACUGAUCAACUAAAAAGAUUUGGUCCCCAGGUUCCAGCUCUUCUUGAAGCAAUAGAUGAUGCUUACAGACAAGGACGUUUUACCUACAAACCUGUAGGCCCUUUAGGAGCUUGCAUUCAUCUUCGGGACCCUGAGCUUGCUUUGGCUAUUGAAUCUUGCUUGAAAGGACUUCUACAAGCCUAUUGUUGCCAUAACCAUGCUGAUGAAAGAGUCCUUCAGGCACUGAUGAAAAGAUUUUAUUUACCGGGGACCUCACGGCCACAGAUAAUAGUUUCUGAAUUUCGGAAUGAGAUGUAUGAUGUAAGACACAGAGCUGCUUAUCAUCCAGAGUUUCCAACAGUUCUAACAGCUUUGGAAAUAGAUAAUGCAGUUGUUGCAAAUAGCCUAAUUGACAUGAGGGGCAUAGAGACAGUGCUACUAAUCAAAAAUAAUUCUGUAGCUCGUGCAGUAAUGCAGGCCCAGAAGCCACCGAAAAAUUGUAGAGAAGCUUUUACUGCUGAUGGUGAUCAAGUUUUUGCAGGACGUUAUUAUUCAUCUGAAAAUACAAGACCUAAGUUCUUAAGUAAAGAUGUGGAUUCUGAGAUAAGUGACUUGGAGAAUGAAAUUGAAAAUAAAAAAGCCCAGAUAUUAAAUAUCCAUCAGCAUUUGUCUGCUCUUGAAAAGGGUGUUAAACGCAACGAAGAACUUCUGACAAGGUGCCAACUACAUUAUAAAGAAUUAAAGAUGAAAAUAAGAAAAAGUAUUUCUGAAAUUCGGGAACUUGAGAACAUAGAAGAACACCAGUCUGUAGAUAUUGCAACCUUGGAAGAUGAGGCUCAAGAAAAUAAAAGCAAAAUGAAAAUGGUGGAGAAAAAUAUGGAGCAACAAAAGGAAAAAAUGGAAUAUCUUAGAAGUCUGAAAAUAGAAGCAGAAAACAAGUAUGAUGAAAUUAAAUUGAAAAUUAAUCAACUAUCAGAGCAAGCAGAUCCACUUAAGGAUGAAUUAAACCUUGCUGAUUCUGAAGUGGAUAACCAAAAACGAGGCAAGCGGCAUUAUGAAGACAAACAAAAAGAACACUUGGACACCUUAAAUAAAAAGAAACGAGAACUGGAUAUGAAAGAGAAGGAACUAGAGGAGAAAAUGUCACAAGCAAGACAAAUCUGCCCAGAGCGAAUAGAAGUAAAAAAAUCUGCAUCAAUGCUAGACAAAGAAAUUAAUCGAUUAAGACAAAAGAUACAGGCAGAACAUGCUAGUCAUGGAGAUCGGGAGGAAAUAAUGAGGCAGUAUCAAGAAGCAAGAGAAACCUAUCUUGAUCUGGAUAAUAAAGUAAGGACUUUAAAAAGGUUUAUUAAAUUACUGGAAGAAAUUAUGCAUCAUAGAUACAAAACAUAUCAACAAUUUAGAAGGUGUUUAACUUUACGAUGCAAAUUGUACUUUGACAACUUACUAUCUCAGCGGGCCUAUUGUGGAAAAAUGAAUUUUGACCACAAGAAUGAAACUCUUACUAUAUCAGUUCAACCUGGAGAAGGAAAUAAAGCCGCCUUCAAUGACAUGAGAGCCUUGUCUGGAGGCGAACGUUCCUUUUCCACGGUGUGCUUUAUUCUUUCCCUGUGGUCCAUUGCCGAGUCUCCUUUCAGAUGCCUGGACGAAUUUGAUGUCUACAUGGAUAUGGUUAAUAGAAGAAUUGCCAUGGACAUGAUACUGAAAAUGGCAGAUUCCCAGCGUUUUAGACAGUUUAUCUUGCUUACUCCUCAAAGCAUGAGCUCACUUCCUUCAAGCAAAUUGAUAAGAAUACUUCGAAUGUCCGAUCCUGAGAGAGGACAAACUACAUUGCCUUUCAGACCUCUUACCCAAGGAGAAGACGACGACUAAAGUUGAUGUGUAAUUUAACAUGCUCUGUCCUCACAUUGAAAGAUUUGUGAAGGGAAAAAGAUCUUAGACUUUUUGACAUAAUAAAAUAAGACUGGAGAUAUUCU